AUGUUCUUUUCAUCGCUGACUCGAAUUGAGCCGAAUGUUGUGCCCUUUGCUCUUGUUAAACACUGGCGAAUGUCCAAGAAAAUGCACCCCAGUGAUUCCAGGCAGGUCCUGAAGGGGGCGCUGCUCUGCUCCCUGCUCUCAGCUCUGCUGCUCCAAGUGGCCGUUGGGCUGGAGUGCUACAGCUACACGGGCACCUUCACGGGCAACAUCUCUCUGGGCGAGGUGCCCAAGGUUACCUGCGGGCCGGCGCAGAACGUCUGUGCUGAGGGGCUGAUCGCCCUGAGCAUCGGGGGACAGCGGAUGCUGGUUGUGAUGAAGAAGGGCUGCCACACGGCGCCGAUUCGGGACAUCUCCGGCAUUAGCGACGGGCCGUAUCUCCCCAACUACUAUCACACCCGCUUCUGCAACGCCAGCCUCUGUAACCACCGGUACCGGGACAAUAGCCACAUCCCGGCCUUUUCCACAGCGGCCCCAGACAACACCUCCACCAGCCUCUUGUGCUACACCUGCAUCGGGACCACGCCGGAGAGCUGCUCCCCGCGCCGCGCCCAGCAGAGCCAGUGCCAUGACGACUCCCCGAGGUGCUACGAGGGGAUGGGCACGGCCACCAUCGGGGACUUUGUGGUGCCCAUCUAUCUCCGCUCCUGCCAGGCGGUGAGCUGCGCGUCGAUCACGCCGAACAACCCUUGGCUGAAUAUCCAGCUAGAGAGGACGUCCUGCUGUUCCCAGCCCCUGUGCAACCACGCGCCGGAGCCGGCGCCCACGGCCAGCCCCCGCCCCUUGCGCACAGCCCCCACCCGGGACCGCCCCACCAACGCCAGCCCCUGGCCUGGGCUGUCCCUGCCCGCGCUGCUGCUGCUGGGGGGGCUGGGCCUGGGGGGCUGA